AUGAAUAAGACAAGGGCUGUUAAUGAGGGCUUUCCUUUCCUGAGCAGUAAGAACUCGAGCUCAAAUCGAAGCUUCCCUGUGCACAUUUCUAAUCAGUGCAGGAACAUCACUGACCUUACUGUCUUUCUGGCCACCUCUUACAGCCUGGAGACUGUCCUAGGCAUUGUGGGAAACAUCUGUCUGAUCGCUGUCAUCGCCAGGCAGAAGGAAAAGGCCAAUGUCACCAACAUCCUAAUUUCCAACUUAAUAAUUUCAGACUUGUUUAUGUGUCUUGUCUGUCUGCCUUUCACCGUUGUUUACACCAUGAUGGACUAUUGGAUAUUUGGGGAAGUCAUGUGCAAAAUGACCUCUUUCAUUCAGUGCACAUCUGUGACAGUGUCAAUUCUUUCCCUUGUUCUUAUUGCUCUGGAAAGGCAUCAGCUCAUCAUAAAUCCAACUGGCUGGAGGCCAAGUAUCUCCCAAGCUUAUUUAGGAAUUGGAGUAAUUUGGACUUUGGCAUGUCUCAUGUCCCUGCCCUUUUUGACUACGUCCAUCUUGUCUAAUGAUUUGUAUGAGCAGCUCUCACACAUCCUGAAUUUUUCCACUGACAAGGCUAUCUGCAUUGACUCGUGGCCUUCUGAGCAACAGAGACUUAUCUACACUACCACUUUACUGCUCUUGCAAUACUGCAUACCACUGUUCUUCAUUAUACUUUGCUACCUGCGCAUCUACUUACGUCUACAGAAGAGAAAGGACAUGUUUGAGAAAAGUGAAUAUAGCAACCGAGCAGUUCAGCUGAGAAGGAUAAAUAUUUUGUUAGCAUCCAUGGUUGCUGCAUUUGCUGUUUGCUGGCUACCACUGCAUGUUUUCAACACCAUCGUGGACUGGAAUUACAAAAUCAUUUCACCUUGCCACCACAAUCUGAUUUUCUCAUUGUGCCACCUGGUAGCUAUGGCUUCCACCUGUGUCAACCCUGUUAUCUAUGGUUUUCUAAAUAGCAACUUCAAAAAAGAAGUGAAGUCAUUGAUUCUGAGCUGCCAGCAUAAUUCAGUAACUGCAUCAGUAGAAGAAUACGAUCAUUUACCUUUAUCCACCAUGCAGACUGAAAUUUCCAAGGGCUCACUGACAUUAAGCUGCAGGCAUAAUUCUAUCUAG